AUGUGCUGCCUAGAUGUAUUUCCCACCUCCACCUUCCUCAUCGGACUCAUGUGCUUGACAGCUUUCAGCAACUUUGCAAAGACUUCUGCGGACUUCUCAGGUUACAUAUCACAAGUACUAAAGAAUUACACUGACCAUGCCUGCGAUGGAGAAUAUGUCUCCCUGAGAUGUCCUCACAGAACUACCAUCAGCAUCCAGUCUUCUUUUUAUGGCCGAAUUGUACCAAGUCAUCAGAUGUGUCCUUCUCGCUAUCCCCACUCCUAUGCAACCUUAAUUAAGGAAGAUGUUGCCUGUUCAGUUGGCACUUCCCUUCAGAAGAUGCUGGAUGAGUGCCAGGACCGGCGGAGCUGCCAGUUUCUCGUCAAUAGCCGGCUGUUCGGUGCAGACCCAUGCCCUGGAACUGGCAAGUACCUCAUCGUGUGGUACAAGUGCAGGCCAAAUGAAUACAAGAGUAAAGUAGCCUGUGAAGAUGACAAGCUGAGGUUAAGCUGUAAGAAGAGCAUGGUGAUUGCCAUUUACUCUGCUAUCUUUGGAAGGACACAAGGAGGCAGCCUGGAGUGCCCAUACCAAAACCUAGGGAUGCCCAUGAUAG